UUUUUUUUGUUCUUUGAAGGUAUUAGUACUUAAAUUGAUGAUGAGAGAAGAGGUCGAUGCCAUUCAUAAUCUCUGUUUUUGGUCUAUUUUGUUAUGCUGUAUUUGUAAGGAGUGUAGAUUUGCUUUUUUUUUUAAAAUCUUUUCCUUACCUUUGUCUAAUAACGUGCACAACCCAUUUUUUCCUCCUGUUGCUUUAAUAUCAUGUCUGCGCCUGUUUUUCCAAAUAAACUUUAAAAAAAAUACCUUAUUGACCAUCUUUGCUGUGGUUAUUCUUUGUGCAUACCAUGUAGAUGUAGUCCGGUGCUUGUGCUCCCCACCUGGAGCCUGACGAACUCUAGAACAACUCAUCUUGAAAGAUCAUCAUCCUAUGAGCUUUAACACUGUUAUCUCUUUUUUUUUUAGAUUUAGGAAAUAAUUUGAAUAGUAGA